UCUCUCUCGACCUCCCCGACUUCCAUAUCCAUCUUAAUCCAUCAUCCUUCCCCCCUCCUAUCCCAUAAUACUAGUCUCGUCUCCUGCUUGCUUCCUCCUUUUACGAUUUGACCUGGUUUCUCUUUUCUUUUUUUCUAUCUAAAGAAAAGAUACAGCCCGAUUGAGUCCUUGGAGUUCCCGUCCAUAUCGGCUGCUGGUUCUCGUGCCUUCGAUCAACUCCGUCAUGCCUGCCACUACGGCGGAAACUCUCUCCCUCGUCCAGCGCUCCGUCACGGUCGCUCCGCUAGUCCUUCUCUCCGUGGCAGAUCACUAUGGGCGCUCAGCCAAGGGUACCCGGAAGCGUGUGGUAGGUGUCUUGUUGGGAGAGAACAGCGGUAAUGUCGUUCGGGUAUCGAACAGUUUUGCUGUUCCUUUCGAGGAGGAUGAGAAAGACCCGUCCGUCUGGUUCUUAGAUCACAACUUUGUUGAGUCGAUGAGAGACAUGUUCAAGAAGAUUAACGCCCGUGAGAAGUUAAUUGGGUGGUAUCACUCGGGCCCGAAGCUGCGAGCCUCCGAUCUGGAGAUCAACGAGCUGUUCAAGCGCUACACCCCGAACCCGCUCUUGGUGAUUGUCGACGUCCAACCGAAGGAGGUCGGCGUGCCCACGGAUGCUUACUUUGCGGUGGAUGAGAUCAAGGAUGACGGCACUACUACUUCCAAGACCUUUGUCCACACCCCGUCGACCAUCGAGGCGGAAGAAGCCGAGGAAAUCGGCGUCGAGCACCUUCUUCGAGACAUCCGUGACGUUGCAGUGGGCACCCUGUCCACCCGGAUAACCUCGCAGCUGCAAUCGCUGCAGGGUCUGCAUCUGCGCCUGCGUGACAUCGGCCAAUACCUCCAGAAGGUUCUGGACCGCGAGCUCCCCAUCAACCACGCAAUUCUCGGAAAUCUCCAGGACGUGUUUAACCUGUUGCCCAACCUGUCGACCCCGCCCGCCACGACACGGAUCAGCGGAUCGGAGCCGCAGCCGACAGAGAACAGCGAAUUGGCGCGCGCCAUGAGCAUCAAGACCAACGAUCAAUUAAUGGCCAUCUACCUGAGCAGCUUGAUCCGGGCCAUCACCGCCUUCCACGACCUCAUCGAGAACAAGAUCCAAAACCGGCAACAGCAGGCAGAGAAUGAACAGAAGAGGGAGCAGGAGACGAAUGGGGUCAAGGGCGAAAAGGAUGCCGCGAAGAAGGGGAGCGCGGCAAACGGCGAGAAGGAGGAGCAGGACGAGUCUAAGGACAAGCUCAAGAGGAAGGAGUGAAUGGGGGGAUAGCUGCUAUCUACGUGAAACGAUUCAUUAGAACAAUUCAUUGCUGUGGAAUGUAUACUAUG